UGCCUCCUCCCCUCGUUCCCAAUUCACAACUCUCGCAGCUCAAAGCAUCUCAGACCAUCUACACAUUACCAUCAUCUCCUCCAAAUCCUUAGGCAAGGCAAGUUCUUUUCCCAAGCACAACAACUCAAAUGGCUCGCUUCGCCGUUGUCGCCGCAAUCGUGGCCCUCUUCGCCGUUACCGCCGCUGCGCAGGCACCUGGAGCGGCACCCAUCCCGGCGCCCAAGAUGGCUCCGCUCCCGGCUCCCCCGGCGAGGUCCCCGGCCACCGCCCCUGCGCCGGUCGCUACCCCGCCCACCGCCGCGGCGCCGUCGUCCCCGCUCGCGUCUCCCCCGGCGCCGCCCACCGACGCCCCGACCGGCGCUCCCUCGGCGGUGACACCCUCCGCCGUCUCCGCCACCCCUGCCGGCGCCCCGAGCGACACCCCCGCGAGCUCCGCCGUGUACACCUCCGCCGCCAGCUUCGUCGCCGUCGCCGGUGCCGUCGCUGCCGCCAUCGUGUUCUAGAUGGAGCGAGGAUCUUGGAGUUGAGAUGAUGAGAUCUUCCGUCGACCGCGGCGCUGGGACUCUGCUCCUCUAGUAGCGUUGUUUUAUACUACAAAUGAUUCUUUUUUUUUUGAGAUUUUGGGGAGUGAGUUAUUCAUGUGACACUGCGGUGUCACUGUCCUGUUACACAUUCACCCAGAUUGUUAGCAAUGGAAUUCUUUCAUUUGUUACCUGAA